AGGUUCGUGUAGUGUUUAUCGUUUCUUCGAUUUGUGCGGUGAAUUGUGUGUGAAUUUACUAUGAUGCAAUCAACAUUGUCGUCGAGUGUCAAUAAAAUUGCUGACAAUAACAACAAAAAGAUAUUAAAUAACGUGGGCAACUAUCAUCUGUUGAGAAUUUUGGGAAAAGGAAAUUUUGCACGAGUCGCCGAAGCGUUUCACACCGUUCUUCAGUCUAAGGUGGCUAUUAAGAUAAUUGAUACGAAUGAAAAUCGACAAAAAUAUGUGAUGAAAAAUUUAACACGAGAAGCGAAAAUUCUCGCAAUGCUCCAUCAUCCUUGUAUAGUGCGACUUUAUGAAACUAUUCAAUGUGGCACCGUAUACUAUAUCGUGACAGAACUUGCAACUGGUGGUGACCUUUGUACCCAUAUCAAAAAACAACCCCUGGGACGCUUGGACGAAUUCACUGCGAAAUUGUACGCAAGGCAACUGGUUGAUGCACUUGAACAUAUGCAUUGUAGGGGGAUUGUCCAUCGAGAUUUGAAAAUGGAAAAUAUUAUGUUGCAAGAUUCACAACAUUUAAGAAUUAAAAUCGUUGAUUUUGGCUUGAGUAAUAUAUGCAAUAACAAUGAGUUGUUAAAAACUCAUUGCGGCUCACCAGAAUAUGCUGCACCGGAACUUUUUAUUGACGGCAAAAAAUAUGGACCGGAAGUGGACCUUUGGAGUUUGGGAGUUGUUUUUUACGUGAUGGUUACGGGUCGAUUGCCUUUCGUGAGUCCUCAGGACGGUCAUACACCCUCGGAGGAGCGUCGUCGAAAGUUCAUGAUUCAAAUUAAUCGUGGGCUGACUGCAUUUCACGAGAAAAAUCUUUCUGACAUAUCAAGCGAAUAUAAGGACGCACUGAAUCGUCUGCUGACGCCAAUUGCACACAAAAGAAUCACCAUUCAGGAACUCGGCUUUCAUCCCUGGAUCAACGACUGUCAAAAAACUUGUUGGAGUAAGGUCAUGUCGGAGCAUAAUCUCACUCCCAAUGAAUAUUCUCAGAUUUUAAAUGAAGUAGCAGAUGCUGUACAUUUAGAUAAAUCUUCCGUUCAUUCGAGUAUUAUUCAAAAAAGAUAUGGUAACAUCGGUGGAAUGUAUAAUAUUAGAAUUCACGAAUGUAUACAAAAGAAUUCAGUGAAAAUUUUUCCCAAACCUCAAACAUUAUCUAAUUCAAGAGCAGUGAAUAAAAUUUGUCAAAUUAAAUCCAUAAACAAACAAGUGAACAACAAUGAGUCGAUAAAACACCUUUUUCCGGCUCAAAAUACGAGGCAGGAAUUUCUCCCACUUCCGGUCAAUUCACCGAAAAUCGUUUCCGGAUUUGUUAAAAAGGAGAGAAACUUUGAGGAACAUCAAAAGGAAUUAUUCUCAAGAGGACAAAGAAAGUCUUUAGUUACGCCUACCCAGGGAAAUCGAAUAAUUAAAAAACAAAAUCCCAUUCCCCGUUUGGAAACCAUAAAUCGAGUAGAUUCCGUUGCUCAAAGACGUUCGCAAAGAUUAGCGGCAAGACAGGAAGUGUUGCCCACAAGAAUGAUAUUAAGAAGCAGUACAAAACUUUCAAAAAGAGAUGAAUUAAUAUCAGAAUCGAUGAAAGUUAAUAAUAAUAAUAAAAUUUCCACAUUUUAUAAAACAAUUCAACAUCCACCGAAUUCACGACUAUCAACUAAAGCCAUUGUCGCGUUAAAAUUUGUCAAAAAGGUUAAUUUAAUAUUUAUUUAUUUCAAAAAUUGGUUUUAAACUAAUAUUAAACUUAUUAAUUAAAAAAAGAACAGGACAACAACCAAGGAUAAUAAAAGUCGAGUCAAAAAAAGAUCAAGUAAUUCAAUUUUUAAUUUGUCAAUUCGAAAAAAAUCUUAA